AUGGCCGACAGCGAUAGUUGUAAGGAUGAAAACAACAACCCCGAAGUUGAGAUUGUGCCAGCCCCUGCAGCUUUUAAGUCAGAUCUUAACCAGGUUGCUGAGGACCCUCUGAAGCGGCCGGUGGUUUACGUGAAGGGUAACGACGCCGUUAAGCUCAUGAACAUCGUCAACAAGCAGAAAGUGGCCCGAGCUCGGAUCCAACACAGGCCGCCGAGGCAGCCCACAGAGUAUUUCGACAUGGGCAUCUUCCUUGCUUUCUUCGUCGUGGUGUCGCUGGUUUGCCUCAUCCUGCUCAUCAAGAUCAAAUUAAAGCAAAGGAGAAGUCAGAGCUCCAUGAACCGAAUGGCCAUCCAAGCGUUGGAAAAGAUGGAAACGCGCAAGUUCAAGGCAAAAGGGAAGGGGCUGCGUGAGAGCAGCUGUGGAGCCUCUGAUUCGCUGAGCAGCAGCUCCACCUCAGACUGCGCCAUUUGUCUGGAGAAGUACAUCGACGGGGAGGAGCUGCGUGUGAUCCCUUGUGCACACAGGUUUCACAAGAAGUGUGUUGACCCCUGGCUGCUUCAGCAUCACACCUGCCCCCAUUGCAGACAUAAUAUUAUUGAACAAAAGAAGGGAAAUCCAGGACCAGCAUGCAUGGACCCUAGCAGCUCGAUCCAUGGCAGGCAGCGGGUGGUGCUCCCAGUCCAUUAUCCCGGCAGGGUGCACCGUGCUGGCCAGGUGACGGCUUACCCAACCAGAACCAGUAUGGAUCACCAUGGCAACCCUAUCACUGUCCUCACAGUGGACCAGCACCCAGAUCCUCAAGGUCUGUACCCGCCUCAGUCAACGUCGGCCUUCCUCCGGAGUUAUCACCCCGCCCUCCAUCUGGAACAUUCGAUCAACCCCCACCACUGCAGGCUGGAGCACCGCGGCCCCCCCGCCUAUCCUGCACAACAGCAUCACAAUGCUUUUAAACGACCCAAGUUCCACGGCCGCGGCUUCUCCAGAGCAGCUUGUUUUUCGCAGUAUGAAACCAUGUACCAGCACUACUACUUCCAGGGCUUGUCUUUUCCUCAGCAGCCUGAAGGCGGCCAGGGGCCGAUGGCUGGGCAGCUGGGAGGAGGAGCAGGAGCCCACAAGGGCCAUCCCAGCAGAGCCUUUCAGCAGGGACUCCUGUACCCUACAGUGGUCCACAUGGCACCUCCCUCUUCCUCCAGGGUAGGGGACAGUGGCAGCACUUCUGGCCUGAGCUGCUAUCAUGGCCAUCGGUCCGUGUGCAGCGGUUACCUCGCCGACUGUCCAGGAAGUGACAGCAGCAGCAGCAGCUCAGGCCAAUGCCACUGCUCCUCCAGUGACUCCAUGUUGGACUGUACUGAGGUCAGCAACCAGGGGGUGUACGGAAGCUGCUCUACGUUCCGCAGCUCGCUAAGUAGCGACUACGAUCCGUACGUGUACAGGAGUAAGAGUCCCUGUAGGGGCUCUACAGGAGAACCGGGGGCUGCGGGUUGCACUGCAGCCCCUGCUGAGGACUCGUCAGUCUCUGCUCCACUAGGACAUGAUUGCCUCCAGCUCUCAGCUGGAGCUUCAGGAUACAACUCGGGGGACCAUCACUCCAACUGCAGUUUGGAGCCCAACUACAGCAGUCGUUCAUCACUGGAACCCAGGGAGAACAUCAACACAGGCACUACCUCAGCUGGGGCCCCAGAGGCCGCCUCGGCCGACAGGGGAUCGGGAGCUCAGGAGGAUUCGGGGGAACUUGGAGCUGCAGCCUGUAGCUGCUGUUUUGACGUCAUUCCUCCCAAUGCAGAAAGCAAAGGGCAGGAUUUGGACCAAGCAGGGCCUGCAGCAUCAGGACGCUGUCAAAGGGGCGGAGACUUUCAGAGCUCCUCCCCAAAGAACUACUUUACACCCGAACACCUGUAUCCUCCUUCUGAGCAGGUGAGCUAUGAAGGGUUGCCCUGCUGCUUCUACAAAGACAUGAAGGUGCACAGGGCGGGACAUUAUAGCGAGGACUACGCUGUUAAUGUGCAGUACGCACACUCGGACUCGGAUGCCUGCUCGGGACAGGGCUGCUGUGAACUCAACCACAGAAUACCCAUAAUUCCUGAGGACACAGACUGUGAAAUGGGCUUGGGAGGGGAGACCCAGAGCAGCUUCUUACCUCUGAGCUUAACAGUGGAGGAGGAGCUGCAGACAGGGGAGCACCAUGAGCAAAAGGAGAGGUACUUCCCCUCAGGACAGCUUAGAGGUCAGGCAGAGGAGACUAGGGCUUUAUUCCACCCUCAGCUCUCCGCGAGCCCGCCUCUACAGGGAACUAGUAUUUCAACAAAUGAGGGAGAGAUGGGGAUAUGAGCACGAGUCCAGAGAGAAGAGUCAAAGAAUAAAAGUGGUACGCUGUCAGCAAGUCGUUAAAACCUUUAGUUGCCUUGCUCUAAACUUGCUCUCUGAGCACUGAAUGUUAUCAUCUAAGAUUGUGUGGAUUUCUACUGAAAUGGCGUCUUUUUACUUUCAUUUUUUUCCCUCUGAUAAGUAACGCAUCAUGUUCAUUCCUGUUGCCACAAAUGUCUCAAAACUGAUCAGGCUAAUUAUUGCAUUGUUUCAAAGGCUCUAAAAAGCCAGAAAGGGUUAAUAAUGUCUUUAUUUUAAAUAAAAUCCAGAUGUGCAAGUUGAAGGAAUUUAUCCGAUAAUAUUUACAGACACAUGACUAUAUUUUGUAUUUUGCAGAUGAAUAGUGACAGCCUAUAAAGCUAUAUAAUUAUAUGGACAUAGCUAUACCAAACCAGAAAGACAUGAUUGUUUUUUUUAUUAUCUGAAGAGCAUAAAAGUGGGUCUCACUCUGUAGGGUCUCUGUGAUGAAACACAGACGAGCAAAGAAAUGUGAAUGCGAGGCUGACACUGGUUUAUAUUGACACUAUACAAAAAAAAAACACAUUUAUGUUUCUUUCCAUUGUGGCCUACCUGCAUUACAGAAAGCAUUAGAGUCUUAUUCUAGAGAGAAAUGGAGAGCAAUAUUUAACACUGCGUAACUUUUGGUCAAAAUUCAAACCCAAUUUGUGUCAGGUGUUUUGGAAGUCUGUAAGAAAAUGUAUUUUAGCUGGUUUCCUCUAUGAGGCGUGCUCUUAUUAUACCAGUGAAAUAUUCUAGUUUGUAUCUUAAGGCCAAAGGAAAGUAGCUAAGGUUGUAUUUCAUAAGGGUUCCUUAUUGUACUGUGACUUUUUUUUUUUUUUUUUAAAUGAUGCAGUUCUACAUACCACAGUGUAUCCGUUUGAAUCCUAACAUGCCGUGCAUUACACAUUCAUGCAAUAUCAAUGCUCGUCAUUCAUGCCUUUCUGUUUGUACUGCAGACUAUUUUUGUUUUUAUACUGUUUCUAUGAAAUAUACACGUUCUCUACAUAGAGGAAAACCUGAAAUAACCCUAUUUAUAAAAGUUAACCCAGUGCUGUAAUCAUGUGAGAAUCUAAUCUUUGCCUUUUGCAAUAGAUACGUACCUACGCUAAAUAUAACAUUUUGGGGUACUUGAGUCACUAUUUAAUUUUUUCUGUUUUUGUUUCUAGCACUUAAGAUAAGAAAAAUGUAUAAAAAAAAAUUAAUAUUUUUUAAUUUUCUAAGAGUAAUUAUUUUCCGUCAUACAAUUACAAAUGUUUUAAAGGAAAAAAAAAGAGGCUAGAAAUCAAUCUGUGUAUAUUCUGUACCUGUAUAGGAAACACAUUUCAUAAAUGGAACUAUGUUCUCUGAAUAUUUAUUUGCUAAUAUAUUUAUCUUUAAGCCAUGUCUUAUGUUCAGAGUGUAUGAGCGUUUGAGUUAUUUGGUUGGUUUUUUGUUUUUUUUUUUGAGAGAGAAAUCACUAACAUGAGACUUUGUAUAUACAUGGUAAUUGCACACAAGACGAUUAAAUCUUCUCUGACCAAAAAACUGAUUUUAAAACUUUAGUACUAUACAGUUUUGUAAUUAAAGUGUACAAAGAUCUGUAAAAUAUACAGUUUAAUUCAAGUAACUCUGUGUUUAUUCUGG